AAAUCCACUUAUUCAUUGCUCUUUCUUGAAUUUUACCCAAAACCAACUCUCUCUCUCUCUCUCUCUCUCUCUCUCUCUCUGUCUCUAGCAGAAAAUAAAUAUGCAGCCAAGUGCAGAAGUGAAUCAACGCAUCGCAAGAAUCUCAGCUCAUCUCCAUCCUUCCAAUCACCAGAUGGAGGAAAGUUCCAUUUUGAGGCGAGCUAAUUGUAGAGCAAAAGGAGGUGCUCCUGGGUUCAAAGUUGCUAUCUUGGGAGCUGCUGGAGGCAUUGGCCAACCCCUAGCAAUGCUAAUGAAGAUGAAUCCCCUGGUUUCUGUUCUUCAUCUCUAUGAUGUGGUCAAUUCCCCUGGUGUCACAGCGGAUGUUAGUCACAUGGACACCGGUGCUGUGGUGCGUGGUUUUCUAGGACAGCAACAGCUUGAAGGUGCUCUUACUGGAAUGGACAUUGUGAUCAUACCUGCUGGUAUUCCGAGGAAGCCAGGAAUGACAAGGGAUGAUCUCUUCAAGAUUAAUGCCGGGAUUGUCAGGACCCUCUGUGAUGGAAUUGCCAAGUGCUGCCCUAAUGCCCUUGUCAACUUGAUUAGUAAUCCAGUGAACUCUACUGUUCCAAUUGCGGCUGAGGUUUUCAAGAAAGCUGGCACUUAUGACCCAAAGCGACUUCUAGGAGUGACGAUGCUGGAUGUGGUGAGAGCCAAUACUUUUGUGGCUGAAGUUUUGGGACUUGAUCCUAGAGAAGUUGAUGUUCCGGUUGUUGGAGGUCAUUCAGGAGUGACUAUACUGCCUCUUCUGUCACAGGUAAAGCCUCCGUGUUCGUUCACCCCGGAAGAAACUGAAUAUCUCACUAACCGGAUUCAAAAUGGUGGAACAGAAGUUGUUGAGGCAAAAGCUGGGACUGGCUCUGCAACACUUUCAAUGGCAUAUGCAGCUGCCAAAUUCGCAGACGCGUGCCUGAGGGGGUUGAGAGGAGAUGCCGGUGUUGUGGAAUGUUCUUUUGUCGCUUCUCAGGUGACAGAACUCCCUUUCUUUGCAUCCAAAGUACGACUUGGUCGAACUGGAGCUGAAGAGAUCUACCAACUAGGACCUCUGAAUGAGUAUGAGAGGGUUGGAUUGGAGAAAGCAAAGAAAGAGUUAGCGGGCAGCAUCCACAAGGGAGUUUCCUUCAUUAGGGCAUGAAAAAGAGACCAGGAGAUGACAUAUAUCCAGGGGCAGCGCUAGGUUUGGAAUAUGAGGUCAGCUGACCAUAUAGAAUUGAAAAUAUUUAACUAGAUUUAUAUAAUGUACUUAUAAGGUGUGGAUCAGAUUUCUCAUGCGACUCCAUCGAGAUGAAUGAAAAAGUAUGUAAAAAUAAGAUCUUGGGUUCAGUAUCGUCAUUUUGUUAUUAUUUGAUGUCAA